AAGCAAAAUAUCUUGUUGUGCUUUGUAUCCGCUUUAGGUUAGUUGCAAGUCACGUGAUAUUGCGCGUGGGACAAUGAAAAUGGAAGACAGGUCAAGAUCUCGAUCUCCAGUGGGUGAACGUGACCGGAAACGGAGUAGGUCUCGUUCUCCUAGACGGCCACAUAACAUGACAACAAAAAGAUGUAUCAUCAGUAACAUACCCUAUGAUUUGAAAUGGCAGGAAAUUAAAGAUAUCUUCAGAAAUGAAGUUGGUGAUGUUGUGUAUGUGGAGCUGUUCAAUAACCCAGAUGGAAAACCUAAAGGAACUGGAGUGAUAGAGUUUAGGGAUAUAGAAACAGCAGGCUUAGCCAUUGAGAAGAUGCACAGAUAUGAAAUAAAAGACAGAAAGUUGGUGGUUCGAGAGGAAAGAGAAAGGGAGCGUAGACAAAAUGAGAUGAUGUCAAAUAGAGGAGGAGGUGGGGGUGGAGGCCAAGGUGUGAUGGGACCAGCCCCUAGAAACCUAGGCAUGGGAGGUGGUGGCAUGGGUGGAGGAGGAGGUAUGGGUGGUGGUGGUGGUGGAAUGAAUGCAGGCAUCAAUCCACAGAUUCUUCAACAACUUGGCAUAGAAGGUCCUCUGACCAACACAGUAUUUGUUUCAAAUCUUGACUACAAAGUGUCAUGGAGGAAACUUAAGGAUGUAUUUAAACUUGCUGGUACUGUGCACAGAGCUGAAAUCUUUGAGGAUAAAGGUGGCAGGAGUAGAGGGUUUGGAACAGUCACAUUUGAAACACCAGUGGAGGCAGUACAAGCUAUAUCUAUGUUUAAUGGACAGACAUUGUUUGAUCGCACAAUGCGUGUCAAGAUGGACAAUCCUAGUGCGGGUAAAGCUGAACCAUUGCCUGAUGGCCUGAAAGGACUUGGACCUUCUUUGACUAAUCUACAGCAAAUGUCUUCCUCAGAUGUUGGUAUGGGGAUGGGAUCAAGUGGGAUGGGAAUGGGUACCAUGGACCGAAUGGGCACUAUGGGCAUGUCAGCAAUGGGUGGCAUGGGCAAUAUGGGAGGCAUGGGUACUGGUAUGGGUACAGGAAUGUCUGGUAUGGGCUCAGUUGGUAUGGGAACAGGAAUGGCUGGGGGUAUGUCAGGUAUGGGUAAUAUGGGUUCAAUGGGAACAGGACUUGGAAUGGGCAUGGGAGACAACUUCUCUAGUGGUAUGACAGGCAUGGGAACAUCGAACAUGGGUACCGGCUCUAUGGGGACAACAGGAUUAAAUGACAACUUUGGAAUGUCUUCCAUGGGAACCGGUAUGGGUGGUUCCAGUGGAUUCAGCAGCAUGAUGGACAACACUCAAAGGUCGUCUGGUAUGAGCAACUACAACUCUGGCAUGUCAUCACGCAUGGACUAUGGUAGAGACUCUGGCAGAAGCAGUUCCACAAAUUUGCCACAAGGCGAUAUGAAAACAAGGGCAGAUAAAUCAACAGUCAUUGUGAAAAAUUUACCAUAUUCUGUUGACUGGCAAACUCUGAAAUCAAAGUUCCAAAGUGUUGGUGACAUAAGAUUUGCUGAGAUCAGCAAAAAUGACAAAGGAAAGUCAAACGGCUGGGGAUUGGUCAGUUUUAGAAGAGAAGAUGAUGCACAGGUUGCUGUCCAGAGGAUGAAUCGUGUGAACCUGGAAGGUCGGGACAUAGUUGUGAAGCUUCUCAACUGAAGAUAAACUCUGGUAUAUGUCCGCAUCAAAUCAUUUUAACUUGGAGUCUGAUAAAUCAUGGUUUAAUUAUCGUUGUACAGUUGGAUAUUUUCAUUGACGGAUCAGUCUAGUUUUUGGGCCCAUUAGUGUUUUGUGUGAAGUCGGUUUUUCUUCUAAGUUCGUUGAAGUGGAGCACUCAGUUUUUGCAUCAAAAGUGUUGGAAAUACAUCUGCCGUUUUAAUACGUGUUGUAUUUAGAUUAUAUUAUAUUGAAUGAAUCUCGAAGCAAAAUGGCUUACAUAGACUCGGAAGUUUGUUAUUCAGUACUGAUAUAAAAGGUGAAGUAUUUUGUUGAAUGAUACUGAAUUAACCAGUUGAAAUAUGGUUUUUUAAUGUGUCCACUUGUAGACAAAAAGUUCCAUCAUUACUUUGUGAAUAUAUUAUUGAAUUUUAGUGCCAUCUUGAUGAAAAACUGUAUUCUGUAUUAAGAAGAUUGUUUUGGGUUAAGCCUUGUUUUUAUCAUGAUGAUCUUAGCAUCAAUUUUCAAUGCUGUUGGGCUCUUUGAAAUUUAUGUACUUUUUUCAUUGUAAAUCUUCCAUAAAACAUUACAUUGUUUAGCAUUGUCUUUUAUCAGUAUCAUAUGUUCACAUAUUCAUUGAUCUGUUGCACCUAUAUUCUUUGUGAAACUGGUGAAAUUGUAUUUUAACAUCUUAAAGAAUGACUCUGGCUGUGAAACUGCCUGUGCUUUGUAGAUUUUGUAACUGAAAAUAAAUAUGUCACCAUAAAAAAAG